GAUCAGAACUUAAAAUUCUCUAAAGAAAGACUUUGUUCUCUUUCCGCCUCCCAAUUUCUGCUGCUACCCCUCCAUAUGGCUGAUUUGCUCAGAGAAGUUUUGGCGGAAGUCAGCCAAAGCAAAGAAGAAAGCAAAGGGAGAGGGACUCAGGCGCCCAUUCCUCUCCCUGGCCAUUUCAGAGACUUUCCUGGAGAUCCAUGACCACGAUGAGACCACUGGUGCUGAGCGUUGCCUGGGCCUUUGCCUGCUCCUCUUGGACUGCGGCCGUGGUUCCCGUACAUCCAGACUUUGAUCCCUGGCAGCUUUUUGGAUGGUGGAAUCCAAUUUGUCUGGUCACGGAUAUCAACACGGUUGACCUUUCGAUUGUGGGAAAGAUGAUCACGCCGUUGGAAAAUGGAGAUCUGGAUAUUGACUUUGAGUAUGUUAAGGGCGGAAAGUGCUUUGUAAACGUUAAUAGAUUUCUGAGUUCUAAGUUGCCGGGGAUAUUCGUAUCAGAUAAAGGCUACGUUAUUCACAUCGUGGAAACCGACUACGAGGAAUACAACAUUUUCCACAUGGACAUCAAGGGCCAGAAGAUCCUGUAUCUGGAUUCUAGGGAGACCACGGUCUCAGUUGCAGUGAGAAAUCGCUUCAAGAACAUGGCUACUGCUUUGGGAUUCGCCGUGGGCAAGAUCCUCUACAUGCCCCAAAAUGUGCCAUGCUUGUAGUCUAUCUCAAAGAGGCCCGGGCAGGUAAAUUUGAAGAACGGUGGAAGAGAACAUCUGGCGAAGGGGAGAUCUUCACAGAACCCAUAUUUGCUCUGCAGCUAAUAAAGCCAACCUGUCAUGAUCGGUAGUCCUGAUGCGUACUCUAGUUGGUUUUACCACGUGCAGUCGGGUCAAAUCCAGCCUAUCACAACCUCCUUUUUGGGUUUUGCUUGGAAGAUUUAUUAUUCAGAAGAGGUUUGCCACCAUUAUUGAUAUGUUUAUUUGCAUAAUUUAUAUUCUGGGCAGAUCACAGAACAUAUAUAUGGCAAACAUUCAAUGCCGAUUAUAACAAUGACAAGACAGACAACAAAUAGAUGUAUAUAUAGGCUUUCUCAUCUUUCGGCAUCUUUGGAGGCAUCUUUGGUUCCGGCCACCUGGGGGUGCUGUUGCUCCAUCUCCCUCCCGAAGAGCUUUCUUUGUUUGUAAACUUCCUCCUUUUUCUGAUCAAAACACUGAGCCUAAAUAAAUACCUCCCCGCUUUUAAUGAG